CCCUCGCAACCUUCCGCGCGCGACACACAGAGGUAAGCAACGAGCAAAGCUAGUACGCCGGCACCAUCAUGAUGACGACGGCGACUGGAGAGGUCAUCAUGGUGCCUCGCAACUUCAAACUGUUGGAGGAGCUAGAGAAGGGGGAGAAGGGAGUGGGGGAUCACAGCGUGAGCUUUGGGCUGGUGGACGGGGACGACAUUUUCAUGACUGACUGGAACGGAACCAUCCUCGGGCCUAACGGGACCCAGCACGAGGGGCGGUUGUACACCUUGAGGAUACACUGCGGCGAGGAAUACCCCGACCGCUGCCCGGUGGUGCGGUUCGUGAGCAAGCUCAACAUGGGUUGCGUCGACCAAAGAUCCGGGGAGGUUUUCCGGAACAAGCUUCCCGUGCUGGCACAGUGGAACAGGAAUUAUGGCAUCGAGCAGGUGCUGGUGGCCUUGAGGAACGAGAUGGCCAGCCCGUCGAACCGCCGACUUCAGCAGCCGUCGGAGGGGACGGAGUUCUAGCGCGUGUCGUAUCGUGCAGUGCAGCAAAAGGGGGCGCCACUACACCGCGAAUGGGGCGUUCCACCCGCCCCCGCGCGCGCGCGGAAGGUCUUGCUGGGUGCACCGAGUCGGGCAGAGGGGAAGCUCUGCGUGGGGGGAGGCAAGCGCGCGGGUAUCGGGGCGCGAGAUGACUUGUUCUCACCGCCUUUUCCAGGCUGUUCGCAGCUCCUGCCCUCGCGAGUUCGCGAAGACGUGGGGAAUUUCUAUCGAGAUUUUCAUUUUCGAGGACUUUGUAGACAGCAGCCUUGUGCUGUGUGGUAGUGUUAUCACCGCAGGGGGUGAGUGAGGGGGUGUCUUCGGAUCUGUCAGCACGUAUUUUUGACAUGUUAUGUGCGGCGGGUCUUAUGACUGGAUGGAGCGCGAAACGCUCGAGAUCUCUGCUAUACGCUGCGUGACGGGGAUGGAGUUCCUUUGGAUUGGGGGGGGGGCUCAUGUGGUACAGAAGAAGUGUUGCUGCGUUUUAGGUCUGACAAACCACGGCCGACUGAACUGGCGCCUCUCGUAAAUCUUGUGGACACCGUGGUGGGUGUAGCUGUUGCCGUGGGGGUGGCAGGUAACACUGACGCGUGUAAGAAGUCCUUUUUACGGCAUUUUUUUUUCCUUCGUUGCGUGAUCUUUCCCUUACCUAGUAGUUUGAGGUUAUGGGGCAACGGAGAAAGGUCAUGUCGAGUACUUUCGUCGGCAACAUCGUUGGCCAGUUGCUCGCCCGGGUGACAGCAGCGUGUUUUUUUUUUUUUCCCUGUCGUUAAAUGUGAAUUUGUUGUUCUGCUUCUUUUUUUUUUGUUCCUUGAGCAGAAGACAUGCCAACCUGAUUUGAUAUAUUUUUUCACGAGACAACUACAAGUAGUAGCCCCGUACAUGCAGUGCACGCAAGCGUAUAUGAUUGGGUCCGAUGAUCUUGCGUCCUUUUUUUUUUCCUGGGAGCGAGGGAGGCAAGAAAGGGCUUUUUUGUUGCUCCUUUUUGGGCAUUUUCCCGAUGGCAUCGAGAUGUCGAGAGCAGCCAACCAGGUGAACGCAACUCUAUCUU